UGAAUAAAAUCCAUUCAAAUUCCCAAAUAGUAAGUGCUACCUAAAGCCAUCAUCAUCCCCGUUAUUCACUCUGUCAAACUCACACUACAUUAACACGACUCUUCCAGCUCCUUCCUUCUUUUCCCGUUGCAACUUCCACUAACCAAAUAUACGAAUCUAAAUUCAGUUACACACGCCACCUUCACCUUCUCCCGAUUCGGUAACACACUUCCCUCUCUCUCUCUCUUCAACUUCUCAACCGCCACCGCCACUGCCUCCGGCGCCGGCAACGGCGCCGGCGGUUUUCCGGAUCUACACAGUACACACUGAGAUUCAACUUCUAAUUAUAGAUCUCGUUUUUCACUGUGGAAGUUUGAUCUGAUUUAUGCUCUGUAGUAGUGUGAAUCUGAAGUUGACGAGACGAGACUUGAAUCGAACAUUACGCGCGCGAUCUGGUUCCGCCUAUGGAAGUAGAAGAGUUUUUAGCUUAGUCUGAGCUUCAGUUAGCUACGUUGCUUGUUGAAACUCGAAGCUCUGUUUCAACCAACUGCACUUGCUAUUUUUGGACUUCGAGCUUGCUGGUUGAGGUGAUUGAAAUUCAAGCUUAGUUUGCUGUGAUCUGAACUCUGAAGAUUUCGCUGUAGAACAAUAGCUCCGUUUCACAAUGCCGAGUUUUAGAGCGAAGAUUAGGGUUGGGAUUUUGAUUAUCCUGGUUGUUGGAAUUUGUCUUGCUGCUCUGUAUGGUUUGUUGAAGCCUAUUUCGAACGGGUGUGUCAUGACCUACAUGUAUCCCACGUAUAUUCCGAUUUCGAAGUCGUCGGGAGGCGUGUCGCCUGUGAAGUAUGGCUUGUACUUGUAUCACGAGGGGUGGAAGAAGAUAGAUUUUAAGGAGCAUUUGAAGAAGCUUCGCGGCGUACCGGUGCUUUUUAUUCCAGGCAAUGGUGGUAGCUUCAAACAGGUGCGGUCUUUGGCCGCAGAAUCUGAUAGGGCAUAUCAAAGUGGUCCCCUUGAGCGUACAUUUUACCAAGAAGCUUUCCUAAGACCUGAAGAAGGAGGUGCAAAUAUGAACUUAUCUGAUUUCCAAUUACCCAACCAGUAUACAAGCAGGCUAGACUGGUUUGCUGUUGAUCUAGAGGGUGAACAUUCUGCCAUGGAUGGUGCAAUUCUUGAAGAACACACUGAAUAUGUUGUAUACGCUAUACACAAGAUUUUGGACCAAUAUAAAGUGUCUUAUGAUGCUCGAAAAAAUGAACGUGCAGCCGGCUCUGGGAGUUUGCCAAAAAGUGUGAUAUUGGUUGGUCACUCUAUGGGUGGUUUUGUAGCUAGAGCUGCUGUUAUCCAUCCUCGUCUUAGGAAAUCAGCAGUUGAAACUGUUCUUACACUUUCAACCCCACAUCAAUCACCUCCUGUGGCAUUACAGCCUUCCUUGGGUCAUUACUUUGCACGUGUAAAUUCACAGUGGAGAGAAGGAUAUAAGGUUCAGACCACUAACACAGGGCGAUAUGUGUCUGAUCCAUUACUCUCUCGUGUUGUUGUUGUAUCUAUUUCUGGUGCAUAUAACGAUUACCAGGUACGGUCAAAAUUAACAUCACUUGAUAAUAUUGUGCCACCAACACAUGGCUUCUUGAUCAGCAGUACCGCCAUGAAAAAUGUGUGGUUGUCAAUGGAACAUCAGGCUAUUUUGUGGUGUAAUCAACUGGUUGUCCAAGUAUCACACACACUUCUUAGUUUGAUAGAUUCCAGAACAGGCCAACCUUUUCCUGAUACUCAAAAAAGGCUUGCAGUUUUUGCAACAAUGCUGCGUAGUGGAAUAUCACAUAAUUUCAACUGGAUGAUGCAGUUACCCUCUUCGAAACAGUCAAUAAACUUGCCAUUGCAGAAUGCAAAAGAUGAUACUGGAUAUCGAGGGCACAAGUCAGUUGCAUGUCCUCCUAAUGUUCAUUGGAAUGAUGGGGGCCUUGAUAGAGACCUAUACAUUCAGAUAAAUGAGGUGACUGUAUUGGCAAUGGAUGGUCGAAGGCGGUGGUUGGACAUACAGAAAUUGGGGUCAAAUGGAACAAGUCAUUUUGUUCUUGUGACCAAUCUUGAGCCAUGUUCUGGAAUUAGACUUCAUUUGUGGCCGGAAAAGGGGAAAUCUGCUUCAGGUUUGCCUAUAACUGAUAGGGUUGUUGAAGUAACAUCAAAGCUGAUGCGUAUUCCCUCAGGUCCAGCUCCCCGGCAGCUUGAACCUGGCAGUCAGACUGAGCAAGCUCCUCCAUCAGCUGUAUUUUGGUUCAGACCUGAAGAUAUGCAUGGCUUCAGAUUUCUUACUAUCUCAGUUGCACCUCAUCCGACUUUUUCAGGAAGACCACCACCAGCAGCAUCCAUGGCAGUUGGACAGUUCUUUAAACCAAAGGAUGGAAAUCAAGAUUUAUCUCCCUGGUUUAUGCUUCAGUCCACCUAUUCUCAAAAGGAGUUGUUAUUGGAGGAAGCUCAUCCUCUAGCUGUUAAAUUAUCAUUUGCAAUCAGCCUGGGUCUUCUUCCGGUUACUUUGUCUUUAAAAACUGUCAGCUGUGGAAUUAGAAACACUGGACUUCCAGAAGAGGAAGCUGGAGACCUUGAAAGUAGUAGGCUGUGCAAGUUACGCUGUUUCCCCCCUGUCGCACUUGCUUGGGAUGACACAUCUGGUCUUCAUAUAUAUCCAAAUUUGAACAGUGAGACAAUUUUUGUUGAUUCCUCACCCGCACAUUGGAGUUUAACUCAGCAAUCUGAAGAAACCAUGGUUCUUUUGCUUGUUGACCCACAUUGUUCUUAUAAAAGUAGCAUUUCAAUUUCUGUGAGUGCUGCUGCGAGUAGGUUUCUGCUGUUAUAUAGUCCAAAGAUAGUUGGUUUCUCUAUUGCUGUUGUUUACUUUGCUCUAAUGCGGCAAGCAUACUCAUGGGACCUUGAUCUGCGGAUACCAUCAAUGCUGACUGCAGUGGAGUCCAAUUUGAUGCGAAUAUCAUAUUUGCUUCUCCUUGCUGUUCUACCCAUUUUUAUUUCUUUAUUCUAUUCCUUGUUGAUGUCUCAGCCAUUUCCUCCAUUUGCUAGCUUCAUCGGCAUCUCUCUGAUUUGUUAUAUCUUUGCCAAUGGGUUCAUAGCAAUUCUAAUUUUGAUAUCUCACUUGGUAUUCUUUGUGGCUGCUGUUUCACAUAUUUUCAUCAAGACAAGGUGUCAAAUGUGGGAACAAAAUGUUAGCUUUAUAUUUCUUAGUUCGUUUAUCAAUCGUUCCUCCAGGUUCUUUUCUCUAAAGGUGGUUAGGGUUCUAAGAGCAAAUCCACUACUCGUUAUGGCACUUAUUGCAAUGGUCUUGGCAUGCUUGGUUCAUCCAUCGUUUGGUCUCCUUAUACUCCUCUUUUCUCAUUUUUUCAGCUGUCACAAUGCACUAUGCAGCAGUUUCCUGACAGCAUCAUGCCGCAGCCAAGAACUAAAUGAUGCAAAUUUUGAUUGUAACAGUGAAGGCUAUAAGGGGUCUGAAAGAAUGAAGUUUAAAUUUGAUGGUAGUUUUAAUCAGUCUUUUUCUUCAGAAGAUAACUUUCCCAAUAGUCCAGACUCAUCCGAAAGUUUUGGUGAAACACAAAUAGAUUUGUUUCACCAUCGCCAUGGCUUGUUGUUAUUGCAUUUUCUUGCAACAAUGAUGUUUGCCCCAUCAGCUGUAGCUUGGUUCCAGAGACUGGCGAUGGGUGAGAGCCUCCCGUGGCUUUUGGAUUCAGUACUCUGCAUUGGCGUUAUACUUCAUGGCAUAUGUAACUCAAAGCCUGAGUUCAAUUCCUUUCUCUUGUCCUUCACCGGGGUCCCUAUCCGCAAUGUUAGACUGUCUUUUGUCUAUCUCAUAGCUGGAUACUGGUCCUAUUUUUCUGGUCUGGCUUUGGCGCCUUACGGAGCAUUUUAUGUGAUGGCUGCUGUAGGGGGCUUUUCCUUUGCUCUAAGAAUGUUACAUAGAAGGUACGGGGAAAAGAAAGAGGUUACUUAUGUCAGCCGAAAGCAUUCUCACAGGCACUGAAAAGUUCAAAAACCACUUUCCGUGGAAUCAGAUAAUAGGACGCUACAUGUACGAUUGUUUUGACGAUGAGUGAAACGCACCAUUGAGAUGGUGCAAAUAGGCCAUUGCUGUUAGAUAUUUGACAUUUCAUGUAAAACGAAUCACGUUUACUGGGGUAUGUUAUCCCAGACUGUUGUAACAUUUAGAAGGUUAGGCUUACCACGUUUUUGAUCUGCCACGGCCUGUUUUUCAGCUGUAUAAUUGUAUCAUGUAACAUCUUGGAUUUUUUUGUUUGAAUAUGAGGAGAGUAAAGUUUUUCUUA